AUGCGAGUGCCAGGCCAGUGCAGCUGUGCUGGGGGAAGUGGAGGAUAUUACCCCCUCCCAACACUCCCUCGACUCUGCCCAUCCAAAAGCCUGGAGAGGGCCCCAGCUGCCGCUGCCCGACCACACGCUCGGGGCUGCAGAGCCAAAGGAGCUGAGCAAGCUGCAGACAGGAACUUUACUCCCCUGAUCACUGAUUCUGUCACCCACAUUAUAGCAGAGAACAACUCGGGUUCAGAUGUUCUGGAGUGGAUUCAGGCACAGAAAAUAAAAGCUGGCUCACAGAUGGAAGUCCUUGAUGUCUCCUGGCUGAUAGAAUGUAUGAGAGCAGGGAAACCGGUGGAGAUGACCGGAAAACACCAGCUUGUUGUGAGAGGAGACUAUUCACCCAGCCCCCACCCAGGCCCCCAGACGACUCCACCCCUCACUGUACAAAAGAUCUCACAGUAUGCCUGUCAGAGAAGAACCACUUUAAACAACUGUAACCACAUGUUCACGGAUGCCUUUGAAAUACUGGCUGAAAAUUAUGAGUUUAGAGAAAAUGAAAGCUCCUCUGUGACAUUUAUGAGAGCAGCUUCUGUUUUGAAAUCUCUGCCAUUCACAAUCAUCAGUAUGAAGGACACAGAAGGAAUUCCCUGCCUGGGUGACAAAGUGAAGUGUAUCAUAGAGGAAAUUAUUGAAGAAGGAGAAAGUUCUGAAGUUAAAGCUGUGUUAAAUGAUGAACGAUACCAAUCCUUCAAACUCUUUACUUCUGUGUUUGGAGUAGGGCUGAAGACCUCUGAGAAGUGGUUCAGGAUGGGCUUCAGAACUCUGAGUAAAAUAAGGUCGGACAAAAGCCUGACAUUUACACGAAUGCAGCAAGCAGGAUUCCUCUAUUAUGAAGACCUUGUCAGCUGUGUGACCAGGGCAGAAGCAGAGGCCGUCAGCGUGCUGGUUAAGGAGGCCAUCUGGGCAUUUCUUCCGGAUGCCUUCGUCACCAUGACAGGAGGUUUCCGGAGGGGUAAGAAGAUUGGGCACGAUGUUGAUUUUUUAAUUACCAGCCCAGAAUCAACAGAGGAAGAAGAGCAACAACUUUUACAUAAAGUAAUGGACUUAUGGGAAAAGAAGGGAUUACUUUUAUACUGUGACCUUGUGGAGUCAACAUUUGAAAAGCUCAAGUUGCCUAGCAGAAAGGUUGAUGCCUUGGAUCAUUUUCAAAAAUGUUUUCUGAUUUUAAAAUUGCACCAUCAGAGAGUGGUAGACAGUGAGCAGUCCAGCCAGCAGGAAGGAAAGACCUGGAAGGCCAUCCGUGUGGACUUAGUCGUGUGCCCCUAUGAGCGCCAUGCCUACGCUCUGUUGGGAUGGACUGGCUCCCGGCAGUUUGAGAGAGAUCUGCAGCGCUAUGCCACCCAUGAGCGGAAGAUGAUGCUGGAUAACCACGGUUUAUGGGACAAGACCAAGAGGAUAUUUCUCAAAGCAGAAAGUGAAGAAGAAAUUUUUGCACAUCUGGGAUUGGAUUACAUUGAACCAUGGGAAAGAAAUGCCUAGGAAAAAGUUGUCUACAUUUUCACCCAUUCUCUUCAAGUUAAAUAAAUUGUGCUUCAUAUUAGUAAAAGAUGCCUUAGGAAAGUUCAAGAUUCUUCAGGUCUUACUGAAAUGUAGGUUGCUACUAGAAAUAAAUAGCUUAAUUACUAGUAUAUAGAGAACUUAAAAAAAUUAAUAGCUUUGAAAACAUGGUAAGGCAUCUCCUGGUAAUGAGUUAUGUUCUAAUAGGCCAUUAGUAUGACUGCUGCAUAAAAUCAUGAUGUAUUUUUUAACAGAAAUGGUGUUAUCAUUGGUGGCUUAUCCAGAGAA